CGGUCUGCGAGGCGCGAUCCCGUCCACGACUUGACGGCAAAGCCCUGUCGGGAUGACGCAAGCUCGAGAUCAACCGGUGACGAUAUCACCAGCCCACGCAGGAGAGCAACCAGCAUGAUCCGUGCAGAGCUAUCUGGGUGCCGUGCACUCGCGCGAGCUCGACGAUCGAACGCCAAGCCAUUCGCCUAUCGAUACGCCCAACGGACGCUUAACACCGUCAGCACGCUCCAAGACUGGUCCGACAAGGCCGGAGAGACCCUCUUGACGUUGCAUGAGCAGGCCGUCGACGACGCAAAGAUAUACACCGUCGAACUGAAGAAUGAGCCAGACAAUCGCUUGACCACUCAGCUCGUCACUGCUUAUCUUGAUGCGCUCGACGUUGUGGAGAAGCGCUGGCGAUUAGACUGCCGCAACAGCGACAGAGAGCCUGCUGCAGGCCAAGCAGCAUUGAUCACCACCGGCUUGCGCAACAAGGACAGAUUCUUCUCAAAUGGGCUCGAUUUCGGGGCUGCAAUGGCGACGCCGGGCUUCUUCGCGAGCAGCUUCAACCCAUUGCUAUCGCGCGUGCUAUCCUACCCUUUGCCGACGAUUGCCGCCAUACAGGGUCACGCAUUCGCAGGCGGGCUCAUCUUUGCCAUUGCGCACGAUUACAGAGUAGCCAAACAUAUCGAGGGCGCAGCGAAGGGCAAGAUCAUGCUGAGCACGAAUGAAGUCGAUUUCGGAUUUGGCAUCCCUCAUGCUACCAUGAUGCUCCUCAAGGCCAAGCUGGCACCGCAAGCACUCCGUGAUGCCGUCUUCACGGGCAGGCGCUUCGGUGCGGCAGAGGCACAAGCAGCGGGCUUGGUAGAUCAGCUCGCCCCAUCUGGUCAGGCUACGGUCGAGGCUGCAAUCCGUCUGGCGGCCGCGCUCGCUGUCAAGGCGCCAAAGCAAGCCAUCGGUGUCAUGAAGCAAACAGUGUACCGCACAGAACUAGACCUGCUCAUGACAGAGACAGAAGAUCCUCCGGCCACGCCAGCGCUUGAUAUUCAGGCUGCCCUGGCGCGCCUUGGCUCCUCAUAGAAACCUCAUCACUUAUUAGUCGAAACACGAUGCAUCCGACAUCAUCUGAGCCACGGUCGACAAUCUAUCUUGAGCUGAAGUAGUCGAGCAGGACAUUGAGUGCCUCUGACUCUUCGCCAUAGUUGGUGACGACUGCGCAGGAGCAAGCAACGACCUUGCGUGCAUUGCCCUCGCGAUCAAUCUUGCAGAGACCGCACCAUUCGCCCAACAGCUUCGAGUCUGCUACCUUGAUCAGGUUGAUCUUGUGCUCGGCGCAGAGGGCCUCGACGAGCUUGAUGUAGGCAGACUCCGUGCAGCCCUCGUUGAGGACGCAAAGAUGAGCUUGACGCUUGUCGAGCGCCUUUGCUGCCUCUCUCAGUCCA